UCGCUUGAAGCAGCGGUGUUGUCAGUCGAGAAGGGAAAGCAAGAUGACGUCCAAAACAUUUCUCUCAAUAUGCCUUAUUUUAGGCGUCUUUUGUGCGUUUUCUGAGGGCCUGUACUUCCACAUUGGUGAAACGGAAAGAAAAUGUUUCAUCGAAGAGAUUCCCGAUGAGACAAUGGUCACAGGCAAUUACAAGCUACAACUUUUUGACCCACGAACUGGUGGUUUCAUGCCAUCAUCGCCUGGGCUUGGAAUGCAUGUAGAGAUAAGAGAUCCAGAUGACAAAAUUAUUCUUUCCAGGGUGUAUAGCAGUGAGGGUCGUUUCACUUUCACUUCACACACUCCUGGAGAACACGUCAUCUGCUUGUACUCCAACUCCACGAAGUGGUUCUCAGGAUCACAGCUGCGUGUGCACUUCGACAUCCAAGUUGGAGAGCAUGCAAUUGAUUAUGCUAAUGUUGCCCAGAAGGAGAAGUUGACAGAACUCCAACUCAGAGUGCGACAGCUGCUGGAUCAAGUUGACCAGAUUGCCAAAGAACAAAACUACCAGAGGUAUCGUGAGGAACGCUUCCGACAGACUUCUGACAGCACAAAUCAGCGAGUUCUUUGGUGGUCCAUCAGUCAGAUUGGCAUUUUAGUUGGCAUGGGCUUCUGGCAGAUGCGUCACCUGAAGAGUUUCUUUGAAGCCAAGAAACUGGUGUAAUUACUGGGGAAGAAUGUAGGAUUUAUUUAUAUAUAAUGUUUUUUUUUUUCUACCACCUUUAAAACUCCAGGCUUAGAGCACCAUGAUUAACAAAAAAUAGCCAGUGUUCCUUUCAUUAAAAGAUUGUGGUAAAAUUCAUCUGUUUUGACAGUGGGUCACUUAUAACUUCCUUUGAUAGGGGAAGAAUGUACCUGCAUUUUCUCUAAAUUUGAUAAGUGGCCCAGAAAUGGAGUAUGACAUCAGGUAUUGUAUAACAAGAAUCUUGAAUGUGAAAUUCCAACCUUAAUGUAUAAAAGCAAAAAUAUCUUCUGCAAAUGUUCUCUGUUCAUGUUUCUCAUUUCAUCUUGUCCUUUUAUGAUGUGUUGAGGGCCUUGAGCAUCGCUUUGUUUUGCUAUGCUUCAGAUACUGAUCAGGUUAUAGAUUUGCCAUACAUGCUGCAGAAAGAAUGAUAAAGCUUUGACCUUUUCUUCCAUAGAAAGAAUGUAUGCACUAGCUGGGUGUAAAUAUCACUUGUGAUUAGAUUAUUAUUGAUGACAAAAUAAAUGGGAAAAGUAAUUUUUUUUACUUUUUCAUUUUCUUUUUUGUUUCUAGUAAAUACUUAUGGUAAUAAAGAUGGAAUUAAAGUUUGAGGUUUCAAAAAGAUUGGAUAUGUUAUGGUUUUAGACAUUAUGUAAUGUCACUUUAUUGCUAAAUACUGAAGAAUCUUUGCACCUUUUUUGUAUCGUUUCCUGUAAUUGUUGAAGUAUGAGUUGGUCUAGAAAACAUUUUUUUAAUAAAACAAACUUGUUUA